AUGGCACGUAACGCAGAGAAAGCGCAGUCUAUGCUGUUUCGCUUCCGCGCGCAACAAGCAUCCGACUUGGGCAUCCUCGACAUCAACAAGACCCGCAGACCGAAGGCCAUCAGCCAACAAGAACACAUCCCCACUUGUGAACGAUGGCGGGGCCAGGUACUCAAGGAGAUCUCCCGCAAGAUCACCAAGAUUCAAGACCCAGCGCUCUCCGACUACCAAGUCCGAGAUCUGAACGAUGAGCUGAACAAGCUGUUCCGCGAGAAAUGGCAGUGGGAGGUGCGGAUACGAGAGCUCGGCGGGCCAAACUACAUGCGCGGUGGUGGGCGGGUGACGGAUGAGGAAGGCAGGGUCAUCGAGGGUGGUGGGAAGGGAUAUCGGUACUUUGGGCGCGCGCGGGAGCUGCCGGGUGUGAAGGAAUUGUUUGAGGCUGCGACGAAGAAGAGUCCGGAGGAGGAGCGGAAGAAGGAAUCGAGGCAAGAGCUGCGCAUGAGAGUGAAUGCGGGUUACUAUGGGUAUAACCUGGACGAAGAGGACGGGAGCCUACUCGCGUAUGAGGCGAAGAAGGAGAAGGAGGCGUAUGAGGCGCUGAUGGUGGUGGGCGAGGAGCAGGCACUCGAUGGAGCGUGGGAGCCGUUACCGGGUGACGUGGGUGACGGUGUGAUAUGGAAGCUGCCAACGGCGGAGGAAGUGGAAACUGAGCUGUUGGAAAGACGAAAGAGGAAGCUGUUGGAAAAGCUGUGA